AUGGUCCAGACACUCCCCUUCGGCGACAUUCAAGUCCCAACACCGGGCUUCGGUGCCAUGGGUUUGAGCUUCGGUAUGGGCUCCAAUCUGAGCCUUGAAGAAGCCGAACCAGUCUUACUGAAGGCGAUUGAACUGGGAUGCACUUUCUGGGAUACUGCUGUUGUCUAUCAAGCUGGUGUGAACGAAAAACUUCUAGGAGAUUUCAUCAGGAAACACAAUGUUCGCGACAAAAUCUUCAUUGCUUCCAAGUGUGGCUUCGAUGUCAUUGGAGGAAAUGGCUCGGUCACCAAUUCUGCCUCCCAUAUCAAGAAGUACAUUGAAGGCACUAUUGAGAGACUCGGCUUUACUCCUGACCUGUACUAUCUGCACCGUAUUGACCCUAAUACACCUCUUGAGGAAUCUAUUCCCGCUCUUGAUGAAAUUCGCAAGGCGGGGAAGACCAAGUAUAUCGGACUUUCCGAAUGUUCAGCUGCCACACUACGCAAAGCGAACUCGAUUGCCAAAAUCGAUGCCGUUCAAGCUGAAUACUCAGCGUUCGAGACACUCCAUGAGACAGAUGGCUUGAUUGAAACAGCGAAGGAGCUGGGCGUGGCCUAUGUCGCAUACAGCCCACUGGGACACGGCUGGCUCGUAGAUAACUUCGAUUACAAAUCCCCCGACGACUUUGCUCCCGAUGAUUUCCGUCGCAAAGUCCCCAAGUUCCAAGGCGAAAACUUCUACAAGAAUCAGGCCAUCGUCGAGCAGAUCAAGAAGAUCGCUUCUCGGAAGGGCUGCAAGAUUAGUCAAGUCGCGCUUGCUUGGGUUGCCUCCCAGGGACUAAUCGCCAUCCCAGGAACAACGAAAGCAACCCGCCUAGAGGAGAACUGGGCAUCGAGAGAUAUUAGUCUGACUGAGGAGGAGAAGCAGGAAAUGCGGAAAAUUAUUGAUGCUGCUAAGCCGCACGGCAAUAGAUAUUCUCCCGCACAACAGGCCUUGGUUGGCCACUAA